UUCCUUUUUAUGCCGUUACAAUGGUGCUCAAUGUUGCAGCAAGACUCGGAAACAUUUGCAACGACAUGAGUGUGAUAAAACCCUUCGGAAAACGUCGGUGAUUUUCGUAAAGACGAUACGAACUUAUCCGAGGAUUCCCGUUACUGUCAGAAGAAACUCGCUGGCUAAAAAUUGAAUAUCGAUAUAAAAUCGACUCACUUCUGUUUACCGACGGUAUUUAUUAGAAAAAGUAAACCGCGACAGUGAACCUGUACACAAUACAAUCAUAUACACACACUUAUAUCCAGCUGUAUUUCCACGUUAUGAUUACGAUCCUGUUACGGACCUACCGUUGUUUGUGUGAAUAUACCCGUGUGAGUCGUUGGGUGGUGUUCUAAUUAUAACACGUGGUGCAAUAUCAUGUGACCAUUGUUGGCGUGGUAAACAUCAUUAUUGUUUGCAAGGCUGGUCAGACCCAACAGUUCCUGAACACAACCGUGAUCCGUAAUAACUGCUGACGACGUCAUGGAAGGUUCUAGUAUUUGUCUGGUACACGACACGAGAUGGCGCUGCCAGUUUCAGCAUGUGCUCAACCAACUCCGGACGGAUGUUUUGCACAAGAGCUUUAUCCGCCGGUUUCAGAAACUCGUCUGUAGUUGCCGGCAUGACGAACUGAAGGAAGAAAAACAGUUCCAAAUACCAAAUGAAUUCGACUUCUCACUCAUUCCGGAUUUGCCCAAAUCGGUGUCAGCUCUACUUGAAGACCUGUCCAGAAAGCACUUGUGGGACAGUAAAUGUAACCAUGACAACAGCGAGUGUCUUUGCCCAGCGAGUGUGAAGAUGAUGCUGUAUUUGACCACAUUGGCCAUGGGCAAAGACUUCAGCUUUGUUAUCGUUGAUAAAAAGAACGCUACAGACGAAAUUCCGGAUUACAAGUUCACUCAGAGCUUUGUGAUCGACGGGUUAUUCCCCGAUCACAUGGGACUGAUGAUUGGUAACAAAGGAAGAAAUAUUAAGAAGUUCGAGCGCCAAUAUGGGUGUUCCGUGGAUCUCUGCAAACAAGACGAGAAGGUCGUGGAGGCUCGUGUGGAAACUGCAUGGUGUAGGAAAGAUGUUCUGCCUAAACUGAUUGCCAGUCUGUCGCUAGAGGCAAACAAGAUCGCCACCCAACGUCGGGCUCAUAACCAGCGGGUGACCGACUUCUAUGCAAGAAAAUCUGCUCGCAGGAACAGAUAUUCCGCACAAGCCAAACAAAUAAGUUUGAAGAAACUAAACGCAAUCAAUUAUGAAAAGAAGGCAGAAGCUCAUUAUAAACACCGACACAACCAGUUGCUGGUUCCACCUAAACUUGAUGGCAGCCGAUGUCUGAACUGUCUAGAGCGAUACUCCCAAAAGUCAUUCCAAGAGGCGAGCUGUCGUCACCAUCCAGGGUUCCUAGUCCCCAAGAAAGAAGACUCUUGCAGUGAAAACGAGCAUCAUGGGAAGAGGCACGUGACCUACGAAUGGACGUGUUGUCAGACAGACAGUGAUAGUGUACACCCGGACAACUCACAGCACCAGUUAUCAGGUUGCUCAGUGGGAAUUCACAACUGGCGCUGUGAUACCAGGAAGAAAAAACAAGCUUGUUCCAGUUAUUCAGUCGACUGUGAUUAACACAGGACAUUGCUUUAAAUUGUAGUCGGUGGCGUUGCGAUCAUUACCGAUGAACGAUGAUCGAAUUCUGAUACACCAUUCUAGUUGUAAUGGUUGUUGGUGUGACUGCCAUCGGCAUCCUUUUUAUUUUAUUUUAACAAAUACACGUAGAUAGUAUAGAGCUGAAGACAACAGAAUUGUAAAUUUAUGUAGAAAUAUAUUCACAUGGGACAGAUCCCCAUGAUUGGACCCAUUGGUCAUGGUGUUUCUGGUUCCAUUUAACGCACAGCACUUCGUGCAUUUAUUCUCAUUACCCCUGCACCUCGACGACGGACUGCACAGAGGUACGAGUAAGUGAUCCACAAUGGGUAACCCCGAUUUUGUUCUUUAAAAUGUUCCAUCUGUGAUAAAAAUUACGUUGAUAA